GACCCAAGGCUCAUGAUGCAGUGGGAUUCAAUAAGCUGGUACGGUGCUGCCCAACGCAAGGUUUUCAGCUCCAGUCGAUUGUGAAUGACACGGAAAUAUACUGCAGCAUCCUCAUUCAUUUUAAGUCUUCACGCGCAGAUCAUAAAGGCGUCACCCCCACUGAUAACCUGCAGCAUCUGGAGGACAAGAGCGGCUCGGACAGCAGCUCGGAGCCUGUUAAAACCUGAGCCACACAGAGCCUUGGCCAGGAACAAAUGAGCAGCGACAAGGCUUUUCCCCACAAUCAUCUGGUGCUCCCUCCCAGCUGGCUGAGUCUGACAGGUUGUGCUGACACUGACUGGAGCUGAGUGCUCUCUUUUUCCGUUGUGCGGGGCCUGGCUGCGUGGAGGAAGUGGGAGAUAAUUAAUGAGCUGUGAAUAUGAGGCCUCACUGCUGACAGCCAGUGGAGACGGGAUUAAUAGUCCGGUCAUCUGGCUUGAUGUGUGUGCCUCCAGGCUGCCCCUUGACGAGAGUCCACUGCGGAAUCCACCACGGCGGCCGCCGAGAGACCAGCAGAGAUGCCCACCGAGACGCUGCAGGCAGAUAGCAAGCCCGCCGUCCAGGGUGGGGCCUUUGCGUCUGCCGUCCCACUCCGCAUCCUCAACAAGGGGCCCGACUACUUCCGACGCCAGACUGAGCAAAACCCGAAGCGGUUGAGUGCUGUGGAGCGUCUCGAGGCCGACAAGGCCAAGUACGUAAAGAGCCAGGAGGUCAUAAACGCUAAGCAGGAACCCAUCAAGCCACAGGUACUAGCCAAGCCCCCUGUCUGCCCAGCUCCUGUCAAGAGGAAUGGUGGUGUGGGAUCUGGCUUGAAGUCCUCCAACAACAAUGCCAAGUCGGACACCUGCGCAACCACCACCAAACGGGAGAAUCUCAACCUGGAGAUCCUGAAGAACAUCUUGAACAGCUCCUCCUCAUCCGAGGGGCCUGCCAAGGGGACGUCUUACAAAGUCGGGGCACGCAGCUGGGCGCCGCAUCGCUCAUCCGAGCUGACGGAACCUGGAUGUCGUUCUUUUACCGACUCGCUCAAGGUACCAUCUUCCACGCAAGGUCGACACAGUCCACAGGGAGGCAACUUGAACCUGAGUCGCAGGCUGCUGGAGGAAAGGUCGUGCGAGGCCGUUGGUGAGCGCUCGACGCUGCAUGCCUCCCACAGCUCCUCAGACAUUCGCCGCAUGUGCAAUGGCAAGCCACUGAGAGCGGCCCGUAGCAGCAGCUCUUCCGCACCACCACUGCCGCCCAAGCCUAGUGCUAAGGCCUUGGCUGCUUGUGACAAUGCACCCCGCUCCCCUGAAAGAGAGACACUGGCCAGCACUGCUACAGAGUUGGAGUUGGGCAAUUCUGUGGCCCGCAGGCCCUCUCUGCACCGCUCCAAAUCAGACCUGAGUGACCGCUAUGCUCGGGCCGGCGCAGACGUGGAGCGCUUCUUCAACUAUUGUGGGCUGGAUCCCGAGGAGCUGGAGAGCGUAGGUGUGGAAAGUUUUGCCCGAGCGAACUCUGACAUUGUGUCACUCAACUUCCGUAGUGCCAGCAUGAUCAGCUCGGACUGUGAGCAGUCACGGCAUAGCAACGACGACCUGACCGAUGAAGAAGACGAUGCCGGGGAGCGUGUUCCCUAUGGAAUUUCUGCCGUUGAACGGAACGCCCGGGUCAUUAAGUGGCUCUACAGCAUCAAGCAGGCGCGGGAGUCUCAGAAAGUCUCCCAUGUCUAAAAGAGGGAGCAGACCUCUCCAACCCAAUCUGGACUUGGUACCUGCUUAUUUUUGCAAUCCAUGCACUGUCUUUGAAAUCUCUAAAGAUUACAUGGCAAAGCCUUUUGAGUUGACGGCUCUUUUUAGUCGCUUUUUUGCAUUCAGUGUUCGCUGUCUUCUGAAUCUGCAUGACUCCUUAGACACUCAGCCUCUUUGCGGCCUCAAGGUAAUGCAGCUCAUGUAGGAACCUCUUGAAAGAUGGUUGCGUCAAUGCCAUCUCUGUGCUGAGAACAACUCAUAUUUCCUUUUUUCUUUCUGCCUCUGUCUAUCAAACGUCUUGAUGCCAGCACUUUUCAGGUGCUUCUUAUUUCACUUGGGUGCACUGAGCCAGGAAGCCAUAUUGGUAUGAAUGCAGAGCUGCAGUGUGUUUAGACUUCUUUUGAUCCUCUCUCUCUGUCACUUUUUUUUUAACUUGUUCUUAUGAUGGAUAUGAGCUGUAUGUAUAUAAACCUCUGUGAAUAGGCGCAGCAGAAGCAUGUUUUAGUCUAUUCUCGAGAUCUCCCCCGCCCGAUUUGUCUUGGUCAGCCUUGCACUGGUCAUAUUGUUCCAGCAGUAUCAUGACACCAUUCAGCUUCAUGUGGUUUGUUUUCACUUUGUCUGUCAUCCAUAAAUUGUUUUAUUUUUGUGGUACUAUUGUUUCGAAAGGUGUAAAUGCUGUAAGAAUAUGUAUAUCAUUUUCAGAGUUGUCUGAAAAGAAUUGUGUGAUGACGAGUCUGCUAUGUUCCUCCGUAGCUCCUGGUCUGUUUGUUCCCCCUUUGGGCUUGCAUUGCGAGGCUGUGUGAGACUUUGUCCAUGAACAAAUCUGUAUGACACUGUAGCUGCAAUGACAUAUAUGUUCGGUAUAUUGAAGUUUGAGCUGUUACUUAAAAAUUCCAUCAAAAUGUUUGUUCACAUUUAGUUCUUUUUCAUUUCAAUAAAUGGCUGAUUUUGCCAACUUUU